GCGCAGAGAGAGCCGCUUCAGCAAAGUAAGCGCGAGUGCGGAGUGUGCAGAAGGAGAAGGAGCAGGACGAGGAGACCCCCGUGUGCCGCACAAGUACACAGACAGACAGACAGUCAGACGGACGGACAGCCCCCCGAGCCCACUCGUCUCUAGCGCUCUCCGGACUUGCCACUCUUGUCACUUCUCCUUCUCGGUGUCCGCUCAGCGGGAAUGCGAUCGCUUGUGCGCCUCGUCUCCGUGCUCUGCUGCGCCGCGUUCUGGAGCCGCACGGUGCGCUGCGCCUGGGACGAGGAGACCGCGGUUCCCGUGCAAUUGGACUCCGCCGACGACCACCACAAGCGCCUCUUCCAGCUGGACGCCUUUGGGAAGCGACUUGUCCUGGAACUGGAGCCCGACCAGAGUUUCCUCGCUCCCGGCUUUACUUUCCAGGUGGUGGGGCGCAGCGGCUCGGGCUUGCCGGUAGAUGCCGAAGGGGACGUGCUGGCACGCUGCUUCUUCUCGGGAACUGUCAACGGGGACCCGGACUCCAUGGCGGCGCUUAACCUCUGCCAGGGACUGCAGGGCGGCUUUUACACCCAAGGAGAGGAGUACUUCAUUCAGCCGCGGAACGGCAGCCACGACGGCGCUCACCUUCUCCGCCGGAGGAGCCGGGAUUCUCGGAGAGGGGAGUGCGGCGUGGUGGAUGCGGAGCGGCAGCCGGGCGACCAGCAGCAGCAGCCGUCGCCUAACACAAGGGAGGCACCUGCGGGAUUUGCAGGUCGAAGCCGUGCCAAGCGCUUUGUAUCCACCCCUCGCUACGUGGAGACUUUACUAGUGGCAGACACGUCCAUGGCGGAGUUCCAUGGCGCCGGGCUCAAGCAGUACCUGCUAACAGUGAUGGCGGUGGCAGCUAAACUGUACAAGCAUCCCAGCAUCCACAACCCCAUCAGCCUGGCAGUGGUGAAGCUGAUGGUGAUCUACGAAGAGGAGAAGGGUCCCGACGUGUCGUCUAAUGCUGCCCUCACCCUGCGCAACUUCUGCAAGUGGCAGCAGCAGCACAAUCCUCCACAGGACCGCCACCCGGAGCACUACGACACUGCCAUCCUCUUCACCCGGCAGGACCUUUGUGGUUCCCAUACCUGUGACACGCUGGGCAUGGCAGAUGUUGGCACAGUGUGCGACCCCCAACGCAGCUGCUCAGUUAUAGAGGACGAUGGUCUCCAGGCUGCCUUCACCACUGCGCAUGAGCUUGGCCACGUGUUUAACAUGCCCCACGAUGAGUCCAAGCAGUGUGCCAGCACCAACGGACCCAACUGGAGCUCGCACAUGAUGGCAUCAACCCUUUCCAGCCUCAACCGCCAACAGCCUUGGUCGGCCUGCAGUGCCUACAUGAUCACUUCUUUCUUGGAUAAUGGCUACGGAGACUGCCUACUGGACAAACCACAGAAACCCGUUGCCCUACCAAACCUUUUGCCCGGGACGCUGUACGAUGCCAAUAAGCAGUGCCAGUUCACUUUUGGGGAGGAGUCACGUCACUGCCCAGACCUCAGCAGCACUUGCACCACCCUGUGGUGUACGGGCACCUCGGCCGGCGGUCUCCUUGUCUGCCAGACCAAGCACUUCCCCUGGGCUGAUGGCACCUCGUGUGGGGAGGGCCGUUGGUGCAUGGGGGGCCAGUGUGUGGAUCAGAGAGACGCUCACUUGUACCAGACCCCUGUGAAUGGAGGUUGGGGGCAAUGGGGACCCUGGAGUGACUGCUCCCGGACGUGUGGCGGCGGGGUGCAGUACUCCUACCGAGACUGUAACAAUCCGCUCCCAAAAAACGACGGCAAGUACUGCGAAGGCAAGCGAGUGCAGUACCGCUCCUGCAACACACUGGAGUGCCCCGUUACCAAUGGUCUGUCCUACCGUGAGGAGCAGUGUCUGGCCCACAACGACUUUGCCCAGAGCUCCUUUGGGGGCGGCUCUGCCGUGGAGUGGGUGCCCAAGUAUGCGGGUGUGUCGCCCAAGGACCGCUGCAAGCUGAUCUGCCGCGUGAAGAAGACAGGGUACUUCUACAUGCUGCAGCCCAAGGUGGCAGAUGGCACGCCAUGCAGUCCGGAUUCCACCUCCGUGUGUGUCCAAGGGCAGUGCGUGAAGGCCGGCUGUGACCGGGUCAUCGGCUCCAGCAAAAAGUUUGACAAGUGUGGCGUGUGUGGCGGCGAUGGCACCACCUGCAAAAAGGUGUCCGGCUCCCUGGAACGAUCCAAGCCUGGCUACCAAGAUGUGGUGGUCAUUCCAGCGGGUGCCACCAAUAUCGACGUGAAGCAGAGGAGUGCUGGCGGCUCGAGACACGAUGGCAGCUACCUGGCCAUCAAGACUCAGGAUGGCUCGUACCUGCUCAACGGCGAUUACACCCUCUCCACCCUGGAGCAGGACAUCUUUUUCCGCGGUUCUCUCCUUCGGUACAGUGGCUCGUCGGUCCAGCUGGAGCGCAUCCGUAGUUUCGGCCCCCUCCCGGAGGCCCUCACCCUCCAGGUGCUGUCGGUGGGAGACCUCAACCGGCCCCGCGUCAAGUACACCUACUUUGUCAAGCGGCCCGUCUCCAGUGGCAAAAAGAGCUUCAACGCCAUCCAACAGACGGACUCCUCCGAAUGGGCCAUCAGGGAAUGGGGCAGCUGUUCCCGGACCUGCGGUGGUGGCAUCCAGCGGCGGCAAGUCGAGUGCAAGAACGCCAGGGGCCUGCCGGCAAACGACUGCCCGCCCGAGCUGCGACCCGCCGACUCCAGGCCGUGUACCAACGUGCCCUGCCCGCACUGGUUACUCGGCGAAUGGUCGCCCUGCUCAAAGACCUGCGGGAUGGGCUACCGCAAGCGGCCGCUCAAGUGCGUGGGCUCGGAUGGCAGGGCGACAUCUCAGGAGGAGUGCGACGCGAAGGACAGGCCACGGCCCCUCAUCGACAUCUGCGUCAACAGGGAGUGCCAGUGAGGGCCGGCGGGCAGAAAGGACCGAAUUGAACCAGACUGCACUGAAAACACACACACACACACACACACACAAUGCACAGACGCUCCUCUCGCUUUGCUUCGGUUUACCAGCCAGGGUUACGUCUGACCGCCAACCUCAUGACCUGUGACCCUGGCAUGCAAAAGACUGCAGACGAUGGGCAUUCUGAUGAUUCAAUAGAAAAGUGGAGAGAAAGAGAGAUGAACCCGCCGGGGUGUGGUCCAAAGUGUACGGGCAAAGGGUUUAUGGGUCUUCAGGAGAAUGUCUGCCAUGCUGUGCCAGUCUCAGGGUGGGGUGGGCAGGCAGGCAGGGACCUCUUAAGGUGGUACUGCAACUCAUGGCUCUGGCGGCCAGAAAUCGCUGCCAACCUACCUCAGUCCUGCAGGCAGAGUAUGAGGGUGGGGGGAUUAUGGGGGCGGGGGAUUGGGGGCGGGGUGUCCGUUUUCUACAAGCUGCUAUUUUUGGAAUUUUUGGAAGAAAAAAAAAAAAAAAAACAGGCCUUGUUCUCCCAAAACACAAACAGAAAAAAAAAUAAGGGAGGUAAGGACGUUAGUUUGAAGGUGCUGACUGAUGGCGUCCUAAUUUUUCUAGGAAGCCAAGUGGCGCAGGCUUUGCCCCUCCGCCCUCCCACCCUUCCAUUAUACCAGGGCUUCCAGUGGCACCUGUCCAUCCCACAUAUGAGUAUCGGCUAUAUUUGAGGUGGUGCCCAUGUUGGCACUGUCUUCUUUUUGGGUGGGAUGCCCGAGUUUAGGAUGGGUGGGACUUGGGGAGGGGGCGACAUUUCAAUUUGGGUUUUAUUUACAGUCUCUGGCAUCUCAUUGGCUGAAGUAGAAAGGAAAAAAACUAUUUUUUUCCAAGUUUGGGGUGGGAGGCGUCCCUCUAUAUAGUGCCUUUCAUUGGUGUUUUCGCUGCCCGUUUUUCCCCUGGUUUGGGAACACGGCUGCUGAAAUGUGUUUUUUUUUUGUGCCUGGCAUGGCCCGCGCCAGCUCUACUUUAUAAGUAUUGGUGGGUUAUCUGACGUUACUUCUGUGAAGGAUUGAUUUUUUUAUUUUUCUUCCGUCUCUUUAUUUUGUAAAGAUAUUCCAAACAUUAUUUAUUUUUGUACAGCUUUUUAUAAUAUAAUCUCGAUAAGUUAUCGCAUUUUUAAAGAAGGAGAAAGUACACGUUGUAAAGAGUAUUUAUGCAAUAUUAUAUUAUGUUUAGAUCUAUGACUUAAUAAAAGGUUGCCUGCGACCCGC